AUGAACAUUAAUAACUAAUUACUAAAGAUUGUACAAGAUAUUCAACUAGCAAUCAAGAGUGAUUUCGAUCUCAAACCCAAUGUGGAUGAAUUGAUCAAAAUAUUGAGAUAACAAGUGACCAUUCUAAUUGAGUUGGUGCAACAACAAAAGAGUGUCGAGUAUGAUUAAUUGGAGUAGGCAGUUCAGAAAGCUGAAGCUGAAAUUCGAAACCAUGUUAGAGUAAUUAUGCAAUUCUAACCAAUUUAGGUAGAACAGUAAAUGAAGUUAUAUUCAGACAGUCUCCAAGAGAAGAUCGAUUAAUUAGAGAGGGAAAAAUAAGAAUUACUCGACAAAAAUAAGACCCUACUUCAAAGCCAGGAACGAAAGAUCUCCUCAUAGAAUGCUACCAGAGAAUCGAGUCCCAGUUUAUUCAAGAAGUCCUACAUAUUAGGCAAUCAGGUGUACAAUAGAUAAUAGGCCACUUCACAGGAUAACUGUGCAUCAGUCAUACAAAAUUGUGAUAGUCAUUAAACCAGGGACAAGCGAAGUUCUGGCACUCAACAUUCAUAUAUCAUGAUGAAAAACAUUCGAGAAAAAAUCAAUAUGAAUGCCUCUUAGGAAAAGGUUAAUGACAAGAGUUCCACCAUUCUCAAAUCUCAAAACAGCUCUGCACUUAUUAAGAUGUUUAACAUAUAGAAAUUGAUCAUUAAAAAUCAAUAGGAUCAACAUUUGCAGUAAUUAAAAAAUAAGACUUUGAAUCAGAUUCUGGAUGAUUCACAAGCUACAAAAAAGAAACCUUGA